AAUAAAUAAUACUACAUUUAUCCAAAAAUAAUAAGUUGCCGAUUUAUUGGCCUAAUUAAACACCAACCAAUUCCCAUCGAGCGCACGCUAUUCGCCAGUUCACUUGCCUUUUUUCACAUCAACAAAAAAAAAAAGAGCUCCACGUCCAUAAAUAGGCGCACGUGAUCGUCCUUCUGCAGGUGUCCGGCGGCUCUCACAUCUGAAGUCCGGCCAGGGGCCAGCAAUGGGAUGCUCCAGCUCGACGCUUGCGCGCGGCGGCGUAGACAUGUCGGCGCUGCCGGCGCCGGCGCGGCCAGAGAGGCGGCAUAGCCUUCCUUCACGCGCCGCCUCGGCGCUGGGCUCCCACGGCCUCUGCCGCGGCCGGCACGACGGCCUGCACCCCUACACGAGGUUGCCGCUCGAAGAGACGGUAAAGGGCGAAGCCGAAUACGGAGCACCGUCAGCGGAGGCGAAGGCCGCUUCCUUUAGUGGGGAUGCGGCGGCGUGGCCUGCGGAGGGCCGCGCGCCGGUCAAGCUAUCGCCGGCCGGAAUUCUUGAGGGCGCAGCAUCGGCAACGUCGAGCACAGCGCAUUGGACCGCAUCAGCGACUUCGAGCACGCCGCAAUUUUCAGCUUCGCCGAGUUGGUUCCGUGGAGAAUCAUCGUCGCCGCCACCGCCGGUGCAGUUUGUGGCGCCUGACUUUGACCCGGCGAUCCUGUCCCUGUUCCGCGAGGCCUUGGUAGGACAGUCACCGUCUCACCCGGCGGUUCUCUUCCCAGAGAAUGAGGCCACGACCCCGCGGGAGACGGCCGCCUUGGACGAGGCGGUGCCGCCGGCCGCCCGGGACAUGCCGGAGGUGACCGGCUUGGUUCGCGCGCGAGUCGACGAGUUCCACAAGAAGCUGGAGGAGAUGAAGGAAGCUGAGGCCCAGAGCGCCACCCGCGACGCCACGGACGAGGUGGCGGCGCCUCCUCCGAGGAAGGCGGUGGUAGUGUACUUCACCAGCAUCCGCGGCGUGCGCAAGACGUUCGCGGACGGCGCGGCCGUGCGCGCCAUCCUGUUCUCCUACCGCGUGCGCGUGGACGAGCGCGACGUGUCCAUGCACGCCGCCUUCAAGGACGAGCUCCGCAACCUCGUCAGCCUCGCCGCGGGGGGCGGGCACGUGCUCCCCCGCGUUUUCGUCUUGGGCGAUGGCGAGCAGCAGCAAGACCUUGGGGGCGCCGACGAGGUGAGCGCGCUGCACGAGAGCGGCGAGCUCGCUCACGCGCUGGCCGGGUGCGAGACGGUGGCGGCGCUCCUCCCCCCGUGCGUCGGGUGCGGUGACUUGCGGUUCCUGCCCUGCGACAGGUGCUUCGGCAGCUGCAAGCUCUUCGCCGGCGACGAGGGUGGGUGCGUGGGUGACAUGUUCGAGGAGUGCACGCACUGCAACGAGAACGGGCUCAUCAGGUGCCCGGUCUGCUGCCUCUGACGGCCACAGCUAAGAGUUUCAUGUGCCAGAUUAGUGUCAGACUGAGAGACUCGCUACGUUCUCGUAGGCUACAAUUGGCCUCACUUUACCGUGCUGCCAGAGAAGCUGCCUUUUGGUUUUCUCCUGGUCAGCAAUAUCUUAGUUUGUUCGUGGAUGGAUGUGUUCUUGGAAUCGCAGUUAUCCCGGACCUUUCUAUGCUCCAGGCGCCCGGUCCCGGAAGAGGGCUCUCGUGACUCCAAGUCAUGGCCCAUUGUUUCACUUGUUGUUUGCUUGGUGUAAUCCGGGCUGUGUUGUUGUAAUGCAACAUCUUGUAUCCUGCCUAUUUUCUUUCCUUCUUUCCUUUCGUGUGGUGUUGUAUUUGUCUGCAAGGACGUCAUUAAUUUGACGCCAGGCCGCAGGCCUUCUUUCUAAAAAAGAAAUUAUCCUGGAUCUUAGAAGUCUAGGCAUUUUUCUGUCUGUUUGA